AUGGCGGUAAAUGAUAGUGCAAUGUCGAAAAAAGUUUGCUCAAAAUGUGAUAAAACGGCAGGAUCCUUUUCAUGUGAUGGUUGUCAGCAUUCAUUUUGUUUAAAACAUGUUACUGAACAUCGUCAAGAAUUAGUUUCGGAAAUUGAUAUUAUCGAACAAAAUCAUGAUAUUUUUUAUCAAGAUUUAUUAAAUCAAGCACAAAAACAUGAUGAGCAUAUAAUUUUCAAUCAAAUCUAUCAAUGGGAAAAAGAAUCUAUUCUUAGAAUUGAACAAACAGCUACAGACGCAAGAGCUGAAUUGCAGAAAAUACUUGAUAGUAUUAUAGAUCAUGGAACAGAUUCGCUGAAUAAAAUCUCUUCUGAAUUACGUCGAGCUCGAGAAUUGGAUGACUUUUUUGAAACUGAUCUUGCUCGAUGGAAUGAAAAGUUAAAACUUCUUCGUACAGAAAUUGAAUCCAUGUCAAAUAAUAUCUAUCUGAUCAAUGAAAAUGCAAUAUCAUGCAUCAAAUUUAUUGAAGUUGCACGAAAACAAACAAUCAAAAGCCCCGACGCAAAAGAAUCGAGUCAUUUUUCUUGGCUAUCUGACGUAAAAGCAUUAUUUGAUGAAUUCUCCGAGAAAUCAUCUCUGGCAAAAAGUGGCAAGAAGAAUUCUGCACAAGCCACCUCAAAAAAGGGCAGUAUUAAAAUUGUUGAUGUGAAUAAUACUGAUCAUUAUAUUGAUAUUGAACAUGAUGGUUCAACUAAAAAAGAUCAAAAUAUGACAGGAUGGAUGAUUGGACGCGAUGUAAAUAAAGAAUCAAAAUUUAUUUACAGAUUCCCAGAUCAUUUUAUUCUUAAAUGCCGAUCGAAAGUACGUAUUUCGUCUAGCAGCAAAACAAGUGAAACUACGAAAGAAAAAGACAAGAAUCUAUUAAUUUAUGAAGAUACGCAAUUCUGGAAUACAGGCUCAUACGUAGUUACACAUUUAAUUGAUAAUAACGAUGAAGAAAAAGAUUCAACGAUUCAAACAAGUCCAUCAUCAUCAUCAUCAUCAUCAUCAUGA